ACACAUCCGGCGAUAAGAACUUGCAGGACCCACUCGCAGGGCUGAUCAAUCAUCUUGCACCACCCACGUCGGCCUUCCCAAGUCCCGUUUGCCGACCGGCAAAAUUGUUGCGACCGACCGGAUGGACCGGAGGAAUCGACGUCACCGGGCAUCUAUCACUGUUUCUGUGCGGUGAGCUUCUCGCACAGUUUGCCCGCGUGACAGCUCCAACACAGCGAGCAUUACGUGUACCCUUACCCCAGCCGACUGCGAGGCUCUAACCUCAAAGAGAUAGCCGGGCUGACGAUGCAACUGGCGCGGAGAGCGGUGGCCCCGGCCGGCCUGUUCACCGUGUUCACCGUUUCCGCCUGCCGGGGUUGCCUCGCCCGACAAUCGCCGCAAUUACCACAAUUACUCCUCCACCAGCGCCGCGCCUUCUCCGGCUCCGCGCCCCGCCAUGCCGCUCCGGAUCGCCCGUCACCGGCCGGCCUCGCCGAGCUCGCCUCGCGCAGGCUGAUCUCCGUCUCGGGCCCGGACGCCGCCAAGUACCUCCAAGGCGUGAUCACGGCGAACCUCUACCCGGGCCCGCCGAGCCCCAGCCCGCGGCUGCGGUCCGACGCCGGCUUCUACGCCGCCUUCCUGACCGCCCAGGGCCGCGUACUGCACGACGUCUUCAUCUACCGCGACGUGCGCAACCCAUCGCACCCGCCCGGCCACAGCUGGCUGCUCGAGGUCGACACCGCCGAGGCCGAGCACCUGGAGAAGCACAUCCGCCGGUACAAGCUGCGCGCCAAGUUCGACGUGCGCGUGCUCGACCCGGCCGAGGCGCGCGUCUACCACGCCUGGGACGACGCCUGGCGAACCGCUCCCUCCGCCCUCGCCUCCAUCGCCAACACCACCACCACCACCAGCAACAGCAGCGCCCCCGCCAACAACAUAAUCACCCUCCCGGACCCGCGCGCCCCCAACCUCGGCAUCCGCCUGCUGCAUCUCAACCCCGCAAGCACCAGCACCAGCACCACCACCAGCACCAGCACCAACCAGGCCGCGCCGCCCCUGCCCCUGGCCGUGCCCCUACCCCCGCCAGUGCCAGAAGCGCUCUACCACCUGCGGCGCUACCUGCACGGCGUGCCGGAGGGCCAGGCGGAGCUGGUGCGCGAGGCGGCGCUGCCGCACGAGGGCAACCUGGACGCGAUGGGCGCCGUCGACUUCCGCAAGGGCUGCUACGUCGGCCAGGAGCUGACCAUCCGCACCGAGCACCGCGGCGUCGUGCGCAAGCGCGUGCUGCCCUGCCUGCUUUACCGGGAGGGGGAGGAUGGCGCGGUGGCGGGGGUGGGGGCAUUGGAGGGGUUGUACCGGCCUACGAUUGGGGGGGGAGGACCGGCGUCGGGGGAGGGGGGAGGAGGAGGAGGAGAAGAAGGGAGGGGAUUGAUCACGGCCGAGAUGGUGCCCGCCGAGGCGAGUAUCGGACGGGUGGGCAAGAAGGGGCGGAGCGCGGGGAAGUGGCUGCGCGGCAUGGGGAAUGUCGGGCUCGCGCUGUGCCGGCUCGAGACCAUGACCGAUAUCGUGCUGCCCGGCGAGACGGGCGGGACGGGGUACAAGGAGGGGGAUGAGUUUGUUGUUACGCUGGGCGGCGGCGCGGAAGGAGAGGGGGCAACCAGCGGGAGCGAGGGGCGCACGGUCAAGAUCAAGGCGUUCGUGCCGGACUGGUUGAGGAGUGCGUUGGCAAGCAAGGAGCAACGCUAGUACCCGCCGGUGGGGGGAAGGAAGGGGUGAAGCUCCAAGGGCGCGAAGCAGGCUGUAUCAUGGCUGUAUAUUAUCGCUGCUUCGAUGUAGGAAUAGAGGUGGUGCACACGCAUCUCAAAGCACCUACACUCUUGCUUGCCGAUCGGAUGUACCUGGGAAGCCUUCCAUGAUGUGCAGGAA